CAACCGUGGUCGCGAAAAUAUAUGAUCCCGUUUGUUUUGACUCUGGUGAGGCAGAGUGCUUCGAUCCUUUCGCCCUCUUUGACUUGAAUGUCUCGUGGGAGACAGAGACCAUACCGACGUCUGGAGCAUCUUUACGGCACGAAGGCUCCACGUUUCUAUGGGCAUUUUGUAGCUCCUCUACCUGCUCAGCAUGAUAGAACUAUCAGCAUUGUACUGAUGGAGCACAUCCAUGGCAGGGACAUACGGGAUCUUGUUCCUCGGGAAAAGGAAGAAACGCUGUGCAGCAUGCACAAGAACGCCCUCAUCGACGCAGCCCUCCGGCUUUAUUUUGAUAUCUAUGCGUUGGGGGUGGAACAGUUAGACAUGCAGCCUAGGAACGUGAUAUUGCGAUGUCCUAGGAGCGCCAUUUUUCUCGACGAAAGGAUGCCCAUUGCUCUCUGAGGCAGUGAGGAUAUGGUGGAUUUUGAGGUGGAGCCGGAAAGCGAGUGCAGUGAUCCUGUGACCUAAAUGCUCUAUGUCGAGGAGGUAAAGCCAUUGUAUCUCAGGGCCUAGUUGAUGAAUUUGA